UCUCGGUGUGCUAAAGCGCGUGUGUUCAAACGCGUGGUGAGCAUACGCUAUUCUCUCUCUCUCGCGAGACUCUCUCUCUCUCUCUCUCUCUCUCCAUUGUUUCCCUUUAGGGUUUUCUUCAGCUUUGCAAAUAAUCCAGAAGCGAUCUUCAUGUACUAACACGGUUGAGAACCCUAAUUUCCCCUCUUUCGAUUUGUCCGACCUUCGAUUUGGCGUUUAUAAUCCUCAAUCUGGUUACCUCUGAGCCUAAAAACCCCUAGCGAAACCCUUGAUUUGUUUGUCAGGGGGAAUGUCUUCUGACCAUAUUUCAGGUGGUGGAGCUUCGAAGUCGAAGACGAAGCAUAAGUGGAGCUCUAGCCACAACCGAUCCAAGCCAAUGGUGGUUUCUAGACAGGAGCGUUCGCUUCCUCUUGUCUCUCCUUCCAACUCUUUCCCUUCAGAGGACGAUCAUCACAUGUUAAAGAUCAGUCUCAGCUCGAUUUCUAAGCUUGAGGUUAGGAACUUGAAGCGGAAGCUCAACGCUGAGCUUGAUGAGGUUAGGCUCUUGAUCAAACGGUUCGAUCCCCAAGGUGGCAAUUUUGGCUCUGUGGCUAAAACUGGUGUUCCUGGGAGAAACAAGAAGAUGAAAUCAGGGAAUGGCGGUAAGAAAUCUGUUCCUGGAGCUGCUGAUAAAGGUACGGUUCAGAUUUUCAAGAACUGUAACAGUUUGCUCACGAAAUUGAUGAAGCAUAAGUGUGGAUGGGUAUUCAAUGUUCCGGUGGAUGCUAAAGGACUUGGCUUGCAUGAUUAUCACACUAUUGUUAAACAACCUAUGGAUUUGGGUACUGUGAAGACUAACUUGGGGAAAAAUCUUUAUAAGUCGCCAUUAGAUUUCGCUGAAGAUGUCAGGCUUACUUUUAACAAUGCUAUUUUGUAUAAUCCGGUUGGCCAUGAUGUGCAUCGUUUUGCUGAGGUUUUAUUGAACAUGUUUGAAGAAAAAUGGGUAUCCAUUGAAAUGCAGUAUGAUAAUCUUCAUCGGAAGUUCAAACCAACUCGUGAUAUCGAGUUCUCUGCUCCUGUUUCAACCAUUGCUCCUUCUGUAGAGCCAUUACCUGCUCCUUCACCUUCCCCGUCCCCUCCUCCUCCUCCACCUCCUGAACUUGAAAAUAGGACUUGGGAGAGAGACGAAUCUAUGACUAUCCAAUUGCAACCUGCAACUGUCAACACUGCUCCCGAGAAGCCUGAAGAAGAGGAGGCACCUGUUACUAACAGGGACCUGACGUUGGAAGAGAAACGGAGACUCAGUGAAGAGCUUCAGGACUUGCCUUAUGACAAACUAGAGACUGUUGUUCAGAUUAUAAAGAAGAGCAAUCCAGAGCUCUCUCAGCAAGAUGACGAGAUUGAGCUGGAUAUCGAUAGUGUUGAUAUCAACACGCUCUGGGAGCUUUAUAGGUUUGUGACUGGGUAUAAGGAGAGCUUGAGCAAGAACAAGGAGGAUCAUGGAUUUGGUUCAGAAAGAGAUGCUGAAUCUGUUCACAAUAUUAUCCACGAACCAACUACUCUAACUGGCACCAAAACAUCAAGAGUUACUGAAUCAGGAAAAGCAAUUCGCACGUCAUCUCCUGUCCGGCAAGAAAACAAUGCAAGCGGAUCAAGUAGUUCUAACAGUUCUAGUAGUGACUCAGGGUCUGGCUCUAGUGAUUCUGACAGUGACAGCUCCUCAGGCCGUGGCUCAGAUACUGGUAAUUAGGCUAGUCAGCGCCGUCAUGCUGUUUGAUCUAUUUCAAUAGCAUAGUUAGAUUUUUUUCUAAGUCUGAUAACUCUUCCCAGACGGAUUGAUUUCUGUAUUAGGAUAUUUACUGUACAGAAGAAAUGAGCAACUUUUCAGA